AUGGGUGAAGAUAGCGCAUCGAUUUGCACCGCUGAUCCUGUUGUUGCUUCCACGGUUAAGGCGUUUUCUGAGGAUGGAUCCGAGAACUCGCCGCAGUCUGGUGAUGAUUCUGGACACGACAGCAAUCCAUCCACUCCAGAAUCACCGCCCACGCCGACCGAACAACGUGUCGAUUCACCAGGUUGUUGUGUUAUUAUUGUUUCAUCCGUUGCAGCGGAGAAGGCAGAGGACGAGGGCGAUACGUCACUGAAUUCAAACGAUUCAACGUUUUAUGUACAGAUUCAGGCACCUGGUAGUGAACCGUUUGAUCUACAGGUGAACUCAAGUGAGAUGAUACAAGAGUUGCAUCAAGUGCUGUUGGAGCGUGAAUCGACUUGUCAUCGUACGUGUUUCAGUCUGCAGUUGAACGGCACCUCAUUGGAUCAUUUCACUGAACUCAAAAACAUCAAAGGUCUUCGCGAUGGUUCUGUACUGAAAGUUGUCGAAGAGCCAUACACGAUUCGUGAAGCUCGUAUACACGUGCGUCAUGUGCGUGAACUGAUUCGCAGUUUGGACAUGACGGAUGCAGUGAAUGGUGCCGAGGGUGCUUCACUUACUUAUCUCGCCACAAUGACACUUGGCGAUCGUAAAAAGUCUUUGGACAAAUUAUUGGAGUGUGCGCCACCAGAGUAUUUACUGCCUGGACACAAGGAACGUCCAUUAGUACCUCUCUUCCCAACGAAUACCGAAACGGUUGUUGCUCUCAAGAGUUUGGCUAUUUCACCGUACAAUCCACCGCCAGGACCACGUAAAAUGAAGGGUGACAUACUCUAUUUGAUAGUUGAGACACGUGAGGAGCGUCGUUAUCAUAUAACGUGUUGUACACGUGGCUUCUACGUGAACGCGACAACUGAUCAGCAGUCGACCUUCAAGCCGACUCCGUCACCAUCGCACAAAGCCGUUUAUCAUUCCCUCGUCGAUCUACUCUCAUCGAUCAGCCCGGCAUUCAGAAAGGCUUACGCUCUGAUACUCAAGAAACGUUCCGAGAAGCAUAUCUUCGAACGUCUUCCAACCCCCUAUCAGGUGAACUCUUGGGUGGCACCAUCACUAGAGCAAAACGAAGAUGGCAUUCGUGCAGAGGAUUGCACACAACCGCAUAGAAUCGGUCUUGAGGACCAUAUACCAGGCCAGGUGAGAGACUGGAAUGAGGAACUGCAAACCACUCAUGAACUGCCCAAGGAGUCAAUCAACGAGCGAUUGGUGCGUGAACGUGCCAUCUUCAAAAUUCAUUCCGAUUUCGUAUCGGCUGCUAUUAAGGUAUUGUUCUCAUUUCUUUUAUUUACUUUCCAUGUUGAUAUGGAGUUGGGUGGUGAUGCAGCAGCGCAUGCGGCCACAUCGAACGAUCUGCAGGGGGUACGAGCAUACGUACAACUUGAUACACCGAAAUUGUUCACUCUUGGAAUGGUGAUCGUCGAUUAUAAAGGUUACAGGGUAACGGCGCAGUCAAUAAUACCGGGCAUACUGGAACGAGAGCAAGAGCAGAGUGUUGUGUAUGGCUCUGUGGAUUUCGGCAAGACUGUCAUCAGUUCCGAGACGUGUCAAUCAACGUUUAAUAUUUCGAAAAUGAAGAACCAUUUUGAAAAUUUCUUUGUUUUAAAGGAGUAUCGUGAGCUAUUGGAGAAACCAGCUGAGCAGCUGAAGAUACAACCUCAUGAAGUGCUGAGUGGCAAGGAAGAUGGUCAAACUGUUAAAUUGUAUUCUUCAUUCGAGACGAAGGGUAUAGUUGGCAACGACUCUCGGCAUUAUAUAUUGGACUUGUUGAGAACAUUCCCACCGGAUGUAAACUAUUUGGAGGGUGCAGAGGUGACUGAAAUCUGCAAGAAGAACGGCUAUCCACGUCCAUUCCCGCAUAAACUCGCCUCUCUGAGACAGGAACUGAUCGAGGCGUUUGUUGAUUAUCGUUAUUUGAUGUUUGUUCGCAUCGCAGCACAUCACGUGCAACAAAUGCAUCUCGAUGGAACUAAAGCACUGUCAUCAUCAGCCGAAAAUAGUGAUAAGGCAAAGACUGACGAACAGAAGAAAGUUGAUGAAGGUGAUGAGCAAGGAAAAGGAGAAGAUGACAAGAGAACGGAACAGCAAGAAACGACCGAUUCGGAGAAGAAGAGUGUCGAUAGGGAUGAGGCAAUCGUCAGCCAAAUAAAGAGUGAAAUAGUGGCUGAUGCAAAGCAAGAAGAGAUUCCGCAACUUGAAACUGAGGCAGCCAAAAAGUUAUUAAGUGGGACAAUCGAAGGUGUUGCUGAUGAGAAGAAGGAUGAGGAUAGUUUCGAUCAAGAAAUAUCCAAAAAGGUUCAUUUGAUUCAAGAUUUGAUUCGUGCUUCUUCUGUUCAUCUGUCAUAA